AUGGUGAAAUCUUACUACAAAUUCGAGCAUUCGAGCACGUUCGGGCUCAUCGCCUCGGCGGCGUCCAAUGCGAUCUGGGCCAAGGAUGAGCAGGUCCCAGGCGCAGCCCGCCAGACAGGUGCCGGUCGAGCGAUCGUGGGUGCCAGUGAGGAGGUUCUUUGCUGGGAUGUGAAGAAGGGAGAACUAUUGGGCCGGUGGCGCGAUUCCGCGUGCAAGGCACCUGUGACCGUUGUCAUCCAGAGCAAAACGGAUGAAGAUAUCUUCGCAGUCGGCUACGAGGAUGGCAGUAUUCGCAUCUGGGAUGCGCGGACUCGCACUGUCAUUAUUUCUUUCAAUGGUCACAAGUCUGCCGUGACCCAGAUGGCCUUCGACAACGCCGGUGUGCGCCUUGCCAGUGGCUCCAAAGACACCGACAUUAUCGUCUGGGACUUGAUCACCGAAACUGGUCUUUUCAAACUUCGCGGACACACCGACCAGAUCACCUCCCUCCACUUCCUUUUCCCUUCCGCGGAGCUACUUACUACCUCCGGACUCAUCGAACACCCCGGUUUUUUGUUGACGACCGGCAAGGAUGCACUGGUCAAGGUCUGGGAUCUUGGAUCACAGCAUUGUAUCGAGACACAUGUCGCGCAGACAAACGGCGAGUGUUGGAGCUUGGGUCUUUCUCCGGACCAAGGUGGAUGCAUUACUGCAGGAAAUGAUGGAGAGCUGAAGGUCUGGUCUAUCGAUGAGAACACGAUGGUUGAGAUCUCGAAGGAGAAGGUCAGCGCGGACGGUCGCAAAAUCAUGACGGACCGAGGAACCUUCUACCGAAACGGCAAAGACCGCACAAUUGGUAUUCGAUUCCACCCUCGCUUGGAUUAUGUUGGUUUGCAUGGCUCGGACAAGUCAGUCGAAAUUUGGCGUAUUCGUUCCGCGACAGAGGUGCAGAAGAGCAUGGCCCGCAAGCGCAAGCGGAGAAAGGAGAAGGAGGCCCAGCGUGAGGGUGAAGCUGAAGAGAAGGUCGAGGCUGAAGAGAAGCCUGAAGAUAUUUCUUCUGCACCUAUUACAGAAGUCUUUGUUCCUCAUGUCAUUGUUCGCACCGGUGGAAAGAUCCGUUCAUUCGACUGGAUGCUCAAUAAAUCCAGCAAUCUCAACAUCCUAGCAGCAACGUCGAAUAACCAGCUGGAGGCCUAUAGCAUUGUUACAGCAAACAAGAAGAACAAAGAUGAGGAGGAAUCUGACUACACCCGCAGCCUAGCUGUGGAUAUUCCAGGUCACCGAACCGAUAUCCGAUCGAUUGCCCUGAGCUCCGAGGAUCGCAUGCUGGCUUCCGCCUCGAACGGUAGCCUCAAGAUCUGGAAUGUACGCACAGGAACCUGCUUGCGUACCCUCGAGUGUGGCUAUGCGCUUUGCUCCGCAUUCCUUCCCGGUGACAAGAUCGUGGUGAUUGGAAACAAGAAUGGAGAGUUGGAGGUCUUUGAUAUCGCUUCCUCCACAUUGCUGGACACCAUCAAGGCCCAUGACGGCCCUGUCUGGUCAAUGCAGGUGCACCCGGAUGGCAAGUCCGUGGUUACUGGAAGUGCCGAUAAAGAAGCGAAGUUCUGGGAGUUCAAGGUUGUGCAGGAAGAGAUCCCCGGUACUAAGCGCACUACUCCCCGUCUCCGACUGGUUCACACCAGAACUUUGAAGGUCAACGAAGACAUUCUCAGUCUCCGAUUCUCGCCGGACGCGCGCCUUCUGGCUGUUUCCAUGCUGGACAACACUGUGAAGGUCUUUUUCGUUGACUCGCUCAAGCUCUUCCUGAACCUAUAUGGCCACAAGCUUCCUGUUUUAAGCAUGGAUAUUUCUUACGACAGCAAGUUAAUUGUCACUUGCUCGGCCGAUAAGACUGUCCGUCUGUGGGGUUUGGACUUUGGUGACUGCCACAAAUCUCUGCACGCUCACGAGGACAGUGUCAUGGCAGUUGCAUUCGUUCCCUCCAACAAGCAACAAAACGGCCAUAACUUCUUCAGUGCAGGCAAGGACCGAGUCAUCAAGUACUGGGAUGGCGACAAGUUCGAGCAGAUUCAGCGACUGACCGGUCACCAUGGAGAGAUCUGGGCAUUGGCUAUCAGCCGUACAGGUGAUACUAUUGUUACUGCCAGUCACGACAAGAGUAUUCGCAUCUGGCAGGAGACUGACGAACCGCUGUUCCUGGAGGAAGAGCGUGAACGGGAAAUGGAGGAAGCUUAUGACAACACUCUGACUGCAUCUCUUGAGCAGGACGAGGACGGUGAAGAUGGCGAGAAGGCUGAGGCAGUUGAUGCCGGCAAGCAAACCACAGGCACCCUCAUGGCUGGUGAAAAGAUCAUGGAAGCUCUGGACCUGGGCAUGGAGGAUCUCGAACUCGUUCGCGAAUGGCACGAAACCAACCCUAACAGCGCACCUCCCAACCGCAACCCGAUCUACCUCGCCUUUGGCAACAUCUCAGCAGAGCAACACGUCUUGAAAACCGUGUCCAAGGUCCCCGCCGCCGCCCUACAAGAUGCCCUCCUCGUUUUGCCCUUCAACAAGCUCCCCGCCCUCUUCACCUUCCUCAACAUCUGGGCCGAGCGCGAGUGGAAUGUGCCCCUGACCUGCCGCGUCCUGUUCUUCAUGCUCAAGACUCACCACCGCCAGAUCGUGGCCAGCAAGAUGAUGCGCCCAAUGCUGGACAGCAUCCGGUCCGCCCUGCGUCGGGUUCUUUCCCGCCAAAAGGACGAGAUGGGCUUCAACUUGUCUGCACUGCAGUACAUCGGCACCCAGAUCCGUGAACUGAGCACUAAGGAUUACAUUGAUGAGGAGAAAUGGACGGCGCCCGAGACACAAAAGGGAACGGGCAAGAAGCGGCAAUUCGUGAGCGUGGCAUGA